UAAACAGUAACAAAAUAGCCUAAGAUUAGGAUGAAUCAAGGUUCUGAAUAAUGUUUUAAAAGAGAUGCUAAUACCUACCUGUUUGCUUAAACCCAAUACAUUAUGAAAUGGAUGAUACAACUCUAGAUCCAGAAUACUUGAAACAGUUGAAGCCUUCCUUUCUUCAACUGUUUAUUAACUUUGUGAAAAUAUGUAAUGUCAUUAGUUUGUUUCAUAAGUACAACAUCAACGUAUUGACAGAAAUUGAUGUGGAGAACAUACAAAAAUUAUCUGAUAAGAAAGGAGACAGAGAAGGAAGUAUACUGCUGUUUGAGAGACUUGUCUUGUACAAGGGAUGGUACGAUUGUCUGCUACAAGUUCUUCGUGAUAGAGAUGUACGUCUGUCUCAUGUAGCUCAUGAAAUGGAAGUGAUGAAAGGUUUAUUAGAUGAAAAGAUUUUGAGUGAGGAAUCGGAUGACCAGACUCAAACUACAGUUCAAUGGUUAGCUGGUAUGGCAAUGUUGAUAAGUGGAUCUACUACAGUGUUGCGUGUUACUCCACACUCAACAAAUCUUAACAAAUUAAAAGUGGAUCCAAUUUUAGAGAUGAGAUCACUUAAACUGAAAAUUGAACUAGAAAGACUUAAAAAAGAAUUAGAAGAUGUAAAACAAAAUCUAAUGGAACGAAACCAAUCUUUUGAACAACAACAUCUUGAGGCAAACUCUGUUCUAUCUAGUGAUUCAAGUGAUGUUGCAUGA